AUGAACACCAAGUUCCCACCGCCCGAGAUCCCAUCGUCGCAGCAGCAGAGUCUCCGGAUACCAGAUCUUACGAUAAAUAACGCAGCUGAUCGACGUGAUAUACGUAUACAUCCACGCCGCCACGUUCAGCGAGAGUGCGCAGCUGAUGGCUCAGAACAGCGCAAUGGCUUCACCAGGAUUUUACGGUUAGACUCGACUUUGCCGAUCCAGUUUGAGAAUAGGAGGCCCUUGUUGCGCGAAGGCGAUGGUUUGGCAGGAGGUGGAGGCGUUGAAGAGGAUGUUGCUGGAUAUCAAUGGAAUGAUCGUAGCUGUUGGGCUGUGUAUACUGGCGAUUGA